AUGGUUCAUGGCAAACUACGACAUUCCCAAUCGCAGGGCUCGGUGGAACGUGCCAACAGGGAUAUUAAAGCAAUUCUCGCAUGUUGGAUGAAGGACAACUUCUCUACACAAUGGUCACAGGGACUGCGCUUUGUCCAGUGGAAGAAAUAUACCCGCUUUCACUCCGGAAUUGGAAGGACACCAUAUGAGGCCAUGUAUGGACAGAAGGCUCGUCUUGGUGUUGACGCAACUUCUGUACCAGAGGAAGUCCUGGACGGUAUGCAGACGGAGGAGCAGCUUGCAGAGGCACUAGGUGUUGUCAAUGAGGUCACAGACACAGAGAAGGAAGAGAUAGGUGUUGAAGAGCAAGAAGAACCAUCCGCUGUCAUUAACUGCAUCUCCUGUGGUAAAAGAUAUUUUGGUUCAAAUGUGUGCAAGGUGUGUGAGAACCCAUGUCACUCUUAUACUCCGUGUUCUAUGAUGAAUAACGAUGGUGAUGAGCCUGUGCUUUGUUCCAUAUGCAGUCGGAGUCAGAGUAUUCAUACUGAACAAAUGAAGGCCAACAUAGAACAACAGAAACAAGCCCAAAAAAUGAUCGCUAAUUCUGUGAGGAGAUUUCAACCAGCCAAAGUAGGGGACACUGUGAUGGUUCCUGUUCCAUUAGUUGACCGCGGACCUGCAGAGUUUCCUUAUGUGAAGGCAGUUGUUUUUCAGGCAUUGGACAAUGGCACAUAUAAGCUUGGUACAAAAACAACGGCCUGCUUAAACAGGUGUACACUCGCAAUCAAUUUACUCCAUGUCUAA